AUGUCGACGUCUCAGGGAGUGAAUGUCCUCCGGUGGUCAGCUUUAGUGGCUGGCAUAUUCUACGGCUUCACCCACCAAAGAACAAUUACCGCGCGCAAUGCAGCCGCACACCAAAAGGCCGAAUACGACCACAAAGCAGAGUUAAUAUCAAAGGCAAAGGCGGAAUGGGCGAAGAAGAAUCUCCCUCCUCAGUCAAAAACCGCGAGUGGUGAUGUUAUAACAGAUCCCAACGACAAGAAUUUCGACCUCGAGGCAUAUCUUACAAAGCUCCAAGCUGAGAGCUGA